GAAACGUCUCAUUAAGUUGAGGUCUUUUGUGAGAAGAACUUGUUAACUGCAAACAUGAAAAUUUCUAUUUGCGUUUUGUUCACUUUGCUUACAACAGUUUAUUGUAGGGUCAUCUCUUACGAUGCGUCGGCACCCGAAUUGAAAGCUCUAGGCAGAAAAGAAGUUUGCAUGAAAGAACUCGGCUGCUUCUCAAUAACUGAUGAUUUCAAAAGUCUGCUGCACAGACCCAUAAAUGUUCUACCCCAUGACAGAGCUACCAUUAAUACCAGAUGCCUCCUUUACACCAGAAGGAAUCCUAAAGAAGCUCACCAGCUUGUAGCAAGUGAACCAGAAACUAUAACAGGCUCACCUCUGGACCCGAAGAACCCUAUCAAGUUCAUUGUUCAUGGGUUCAUGGACAGCGAACUUUAUGGACCUUGGAUGGUGAAUAUGAAAGAUGAGUUUCUUAUGUAUGGUGAUUACAACGUAAUUGUGGUCGAUUGGAGUGGAGGAAACAAGCCUCCAUACUAUCAAGCAACAGCAAACACAAGAGUUGUAGGCGCAGAAAUUGCUUUAAUAAUCAAAGCUUUAGAGAAACACGCUAAAAUCAAAAGAGAGGAAUGUCAUAUCAUAGGUCACAGUCUUGGAUCUCACGUUGCAGGAUACGCUGGUGCAAGAUUGAAAACACUUGGAAGAAUUACAGGUUGUGAUCCUGCCGAGCCAUAUUUUCAGAAUAUGCCUCCAAGUGUAAGACUAGAUCCUACUGACGCUGAUUUUGUCGAUGUCAUUCAUUCGGACGCUACAGACAUCAUGUUUAUUGGGUUUGGAAUGAGCCAUAUGGUUGGCCACGUUGAUUUUUAUCCCAACAAUGGCCGUAAACAGCCUGGAUGUAAAACAGACAAAUUCAAAUCUUUUAUUACUGAAGGAUUAAAUGAAGGUGCCAGACGGUUUGCCAGCUGCAAUCAUCAACGAUCUCUAGAUUUUAUGCAUCACUCUAUAAACUAUAGGAAGGUUGUUCCUGUCGGCUAUGAAUGCAGUAGCUGGGAAGACUUCUUAGACGGCAAAUGUGCUGAAUGUGGUCCGGAUACGAAGAGGUGUGCCAUUAUGGGAAUUCGUGCGGAUGAAUACUAUCAAUUCAGAAAUAGCUCAGUGCAGCAUUCUAUGUACCUCAAGACAUCAGGGAAAUCACCCUUUUGGCUAUACCAUUAUCAAGUAACAGUAAAACUUUUUAAACCCAGAGUUUCUCACAAGGAUGUUAAAGGCACUUUUGAUAUCAGUUUAUACGGAUCCAAGGCAGACGAAUUAGCCCAUGCUCAAAGCAAAGCUAUUGAUUUAUACCAUGGAGCCCGUUAUCAAUAUUUAGUAACCACGGACAAAGAUCUUGGAGAAAUCAAAAGUGUUACCCUGAAAUGGUACAGCUCCUCUAAAAAUCCGAUUGGUAUAUUUUUUAAGCCAAAGCUGUACGUCGAAUACAUAACUGUCAUACCCAUGAAUGUAAUUGAAAAAUCGCCAAGGAAUAUGAAAAAUCGUGCAUUUUGUGGAAAACCUGACAAACCUAUCGAACCAAAAACAGUCGCAACAUUCCACAGAGACAACAAGUGUCUUACGUUCCUGUAAACCGAAUGAAAGAAAACUGUUCUGAAUGAAAGAAAACUGUAACGUAACACCAUGUAAUCUGAAUGCGUGGGAU